UGUUCUGUGUCUUUGCAUGGUAUGUGCGCGUUUCAGCGCGCAACUGGUAGGGCAGCUUCAUCGUUUCGUGUUUUGUAACCUGCUCUGUGACUACGAAUGUUCUCCGUUUGCACCUGUGAAUUAGAAUAUGGAUGAAGGAUAUUUUAUUGGAUUACUUAAUCAAGAUGAUAUAUCCUCAGAAUUCAUGUUUGAUGACUCAUCUCAAAAGAGCCUAUCAUAUCAAAUGAGAGAUGUUCGAUCGCAAUAUCUUGACUCGUGUUCGGUUCUUCAUGGAGAAGACAUCACAACAGAAUAUGUUAAUGUUGUUGUAUUUGAAAAUGAGUUGCCAAGUCUUGAAGCUGACCUGUUACAUCCAGAAAUAAAGAAAACGAUUCACUUUUUACAAAGUAAAAAUUGUCGCAAAGAAUUGAAAGAUGCUAUGCUCGAUCUAUUGCCAACAUCAGAUUCUACUACUUCCGAUAAACUGUUAGAUUAUCACGAGAAGUCUAACUAUAAGACUAUUUGUGAUAGGUUACAAACCCCAGAGUGUAAGAUUGAGCAAUUGAGACCUUCUAAGCACAAUGAAGGUCACAAGCAGUAUUUUAAUUCCACUGUUGAAAGGCAACAACGACCACAUUCUCCUGAAAAUAUUUCUACACCCAAUAAAGUUGUUAAAAAUUUGAUACGGAACAAAAUGAAACAACUGCAUAAUGAUCGUAACUAUCAAACUCCUUUCAAAACGCAGCAAAAUGAAGAUGGGGACAUUGUAUUGGGUGUCAAUUUUACUAAGUCAGUUGAUUAUCUUCAAAAAAUAAAACAUUCAUAUGAGCGUGAUGUGACAAGAUCUUUGUUGAAAUUUGGAAAGAAACAUCAUCGUCAUGAUGCUAUGUUAGAAAUUGUUAAUGAGAAAAUUAAAAAGUGGACCUCAGGGACAGCAAAGAAUAAAAAAUUUGGUAAAGAAUUGCAUGGGAAAAAUCCUAAAUGUGUGAGGCAGAUUGCAAGUAAUAAAGUUAAUAAUAAAUGCCAGUCAUCUAAGAAAACAUAUACUCGUGGUAAGACAACACUCCAUUCUGAAAAAUAUGCUCUUCCUAAUAAGUCCCCAACUACUCUAAGCGAGGGAUGUAUUUUAGAGAAACAUGUCAGCUCUUGUACAAAGAAGAAAAAUGAGGAGAAAGAUCAAGAAAUAGAUCACCAAAGUCAUUUUAAAUUGAAUUCGCAGAUGCACACAACUCAAAGUAUCUCAAAUACAUGCCUUGAUACGGCUGUAGCAAAAAAUAAUAAAGAAGGUCCGAAAUUGUUGACUGAUACAGCAAAAUCAGAAGUCAAUUCUGCUAGAAAUCUGAAAUCAUGGCUGAAUUCAAGUGGUGAACAAUCAAUGUCAGAUAUUACUAAGCAAUGUGGGAUGCCCAUAUGUGAAUACAGAAUCGUUGACUCUAAUCAGACUAAAGAAAAUCCCAACACCCCUUGUACCUACAAUAAUGGCAAACCAACUAUACCUAAAAAUCCUAAAAAUGAAUCAACUAUGCUACAACACCCGAUGGUAUGUGAGAGCUCUAAUUCUGAAAUUCCUAAUGCUGAUAAGAAUGGCAAAUCAUUGAAGGAGAAUAAAACUGAAACUUUCGAUUCUAUCGAUGCCUCAUGCUUGAAAAUCUCUGAUAAAGCUUCGAAAACGAACUUGUGUGAUAGUAAUACCUUUUCCAGUCCUUCAACUCAAUGCCAACUAUUGGAUAAAAAUGAAUGUGAUAUAGCGAAUCAACAACUCAAGGAGCAUUCUUAUUCUAAAAAGAGUGGAAUCCAGGCUCUAAGGUGUUUUUUAUCUAAUCAGAAAGAGACUAUUCAAACUAUUUCUAUGAACUCAACUAAAAUAUGUGAAGUCAAACUUGUCCACACACAUUUUCCAGUAACUUCUCCAUCCUCUCCAUUAAAAGAAAAUUUGAUUUCUGUUCCGAGGUUCUCGAAAUCCAACGGAACGAAGAAAACACAAAAUAUUGGGGAAACGAGAGUUUCUCUUGGUCUUAAAACAAAUUUUAUUGGAGUUGUAGAAAAAUACCAAACUCAAGAAAGAUUUAAUGGUUGUCUUAAUUUAAAUGAUUUUGUGGUUGUAGAUUCAAAAGAUAAUAACUCGAAAGUGAAAAUUGAUAAAUACGAAAAAGGUGGAGGUAUUAUAACUAAUAUGAGUGAAGAACAUCCAUUUGAAGAGCAGAAAAAGGAUAAUGAUUCAAUCAAUGUGGAUGAUAACUGUGAAGAACAUCCACUAGAAGAGCUUGAAAUUGAUAAUGAUUCAAUCAAUGUUGAUGAAUACAGUGAAGAACAUCCACUAGAAGAGCUUAAAAAUGAUACUGGCUCAAUCGAUAUACACGAUACCACAAUUAAAUGUGCCCGUUUUUUGAGAGAUGAUCUAAAUAAGGUAUCUAAAAAAACGGAUUGCAAUUCGAAAGAUGUUGGAGACAGUUUAUUAUCCAAAUUAUCAAGCAAUGCGAAAAAGAAAUGUCUUGCUUCCGUGCCAAUGAAACAAGAAAAUAGUGAUUUUACAAUAAAACAAUAUUACACUGUGAAUGACCCUAUUUUGCCAUCUUUGGCUAACGAGGAAGACAACGGUGAAGAAAAUUCAAAUCAUACAAUUGACCCAGUUGAUUGUGAUAACGAAAAGUCUGAAAAACAAAACCCCGAUGGGACAAUGUCACAUGAUAAAAUGGGUUAUGAUAAUGGUGAGUGUUCGCUAUUCGCAGACGGUUGCAUUGGUGAUGAAAUCCAAAGUGAUCAUGACGAUAUCGCUGAGCCGUAUGACCCCAAUGCAGGAGGAGUUUCUAAAGAUGAUCUUCAGUUUCAAAUCAAUCAAAAAUGGAUAAGUGAACAAAAUGCUGUAGUUGAUCGUUUAUUGGAGGAGCUCGAAAAUGACUUAAUUGCAAAUUGUAAUAACAGAGGCCAGGAAAAUCCUGCUAUUGAUUCAAAUUGUGUCAUAAAAGAUUGUUCAGUUGUGUUAUCUGAUAUAUUUCGAAAAACAAGCAGUUUUUCACGCUCUAGUGAAACAAUUACUGUUAAACUAGGUGAAGAUAUGUUUUUGCCUACAAUACCUGGCAAUCGUGUGGAGAAAGAAAUUUCUACGGACAUACCUGAGAAUUGUGAAACGAUUUUACAAGAAAACAAUUCUUUGGAUCCUCGCAAACAGGAAGAGAGUCCUGAAACAAAUGAGACUACUCCAAGCAGCGACGAUGAAAUUACAGAUCCAGUGUUUCAGAGUACCAACACAAGUAAUGAUGCUGCAGGAAAAAGUGAAAGAUCAGUCACAAAACGGAUCUUGACAGAGUGGUUCGAAAGUCAAAAUAAGCGAGUUGAUGAACUUUUAAAUAUGCUAGAAAUAACGUUUACUGCAAUUCCAGAAAAGACCGAAAACCCCAGAAUCAAACAAGAAGUUGUCUCAGAUUCAGAGGAAAAUUCGUCACCAGUAGAUAAUGAUAUGAAAAUCAAUAUCGACAACUCAAAUGCAUUAGAGUGGCUCAAUCAACAAAAUAGUUAUAUUGAUGCGCUUCUAGAUGGAGUUUCAAGUAGUGAAAGUGACAAAAAUGUAGAUUCCAAUAUUACAUUCAAUAGUGAGGGAACCAAUAAAAUAGAUGACAUAGAUGCUGGGAAUGGAAUGUCUAGUGGGUACUUACACAACCUAGUCGAAACUGCAUUCUGUCAAAAUACUUCUGAAUCGAGCAUAGAUAAAACUGUGAGUGAUAAUACAGAUGACACCCAGGCUAAUUUACAAGCAAACCCUGGUGAUCAAAUUUUACAGGCUGCCAUGAAGAGAGUAGAGCGUACAGAACGUUUAUUCGUCGAUCUUGCAACAACACACACCAAGGAAUACGGAAGGGGAAAAUAUGGACAUAAUGCAAGAAAAUUGGCCAAAUCUAGUGCAAAAAACAAGGCAACACACGAUGAAGUGAAAUAUGAUGGUAUGCAAGUUAACAAAGAUGCUCAUCUUGCCUGUGGAGAAAUAAAUAGUGGUAAUCCAGCAGGCAGUGUAGUUAGUGCUACUUUUUCAACUGGCAACACUACAAAACAAGUAAACAUGAAAAAGGUAGACAUGAGCAAGGAUUGUACUUCCGAUACAUCAAAAUCUUGCACAAAUAAGAAUACGAAGCAACAGGAUAAUAUAGCAGACCACAUGAACAAAAUUUCCACUGGUAGCGAAUCAACGCUGCAGCAAACUGAGAAUAUAGGUCUUGGCAGCGAUGCUUGUGAAUUUGCAUCAGAAAAGCCGUCAUCUUUUAAUAAAUCAGGCAAUAAAAUUACCAGUAAUUCGAAGAAACUGGAGGGGACUUCAAAUUCAUCCGAGCAAUGUGUUGAUUCAUGCAAAGCAUUGCCAGCAGAAGAAAUUCCUAUUUCAUCUCAGAAAAAAGGCAUUCGCGAAUCGGAUGCUGCAUGUACACUUGCAUCUGAAUCGAAAGCAAAGUCUGUGAAACGAAAAAAAUAUUUCCCCGAAAGAGUUCGAUUGCCUGAAAAACGAAUAUUGCAAAUCGCUAAACUGACAAAUAAAGGCGAACCCAAAUUAAAAACUUUAACUGAAUUAAUUAAUGGUGGAAAGACCACAAAAAGCACAGAAAAGUCUUCAGAUAAAAAUUGGAAAAAAUUUAUGACUCCAAGAAGAUGGAGUGCACGAAAACGGAAAGCUGUCGAAUACACAGAUUAUAUAUGCCCUCCAAUUUCCGUUAGUUGCGAAAAUUUGGAGUCUCGUCAUUGCGAUCACAGUCCUAAAACUCAUGACAGUCCUGAAAUUUUUGAUGGAAAAGUUCGAAAAGUCCAUCAAAAUUCUCAUCAUGAAAGGACGGAAUUUUUCUAUGUUGAUGAAAAUGUGGACAAUGGUGAUCUUUCUCUUUCAGUAAGUUCUGUGAAAGGAUUUUUCAUUACAGAUAACAGUGAUCGCGAUUGCGCUCGUUGUAAAGUUUUUGUUAAAAUUUCCGAAUGAUUUUUGAAAAUUAUAUUUAACACUAGGUAUACAUUGUUUUGCAAAUAUGUUCUUCCUAUUACUAUGGUUGUUAUUGAAAAAAUGGCAAACUUAUGACAAUGAUCACGUUGCGUUAGAUGUGAAUAUUUGUUAAAAUAUGUAAAUAUUCCCUGAAAAUUAUAUUUACCACUCAGUGUACAUUGUUUUGCAAAUUUGUUGUUAUUGUUAUUGUAGUUAAAAAAAUGUGAUCACGAUUUCGUUAGGUUUUGGUUAAAAUUACAGAAUGAUCCCAGAAAAUCAUAGUUAACACUGAGUGUACAUUGUUUUCCAAAUAUGUUGUUAUUAUGUUGUUGAAAAAAUGGCAAACUUAUGACAUUGAUCACGAUUGCGUUAGGUGUGAAGUUUUUGUUAAAAUCACUGAAUAAUCCCUGAAAAUUAUAUUGACCACUAAGUGUACAUUGUUUUUGAAUAUGUUGUUCUUCUUGUUGUUCCAUGAAAAAAAAUCGCAAAUUUUUGGACCAGUUGAUCGUAAGUCUCUGGAAUCCAAUUAUUACUUAUAUUUUUGCACUUCCAAUUCAAAAUUUCAAAUUGAUUCGUAAUUUCUAUAAUCAGAUUUCGGGGCUCCCGAAGUAUGCGAACCAAGAUGGCGAACAUCGGAAUGUAAUAUCUGUACUAGGUUAGGGUUAGGCCAUAAUUUUAGGUAUAAAUACUACGGGAGGCUCUUGGCUAG